CAUGUUGUAUUCAACAUUGAAGGCUACACACUUCGAGAAAAUAUGACCAGUUACUACAGUAGCAUUCUACCCGCGGCUCCAAUGCCGAAUUCGACGCCACCGGACCCCUAUUCGCAUCCGGACAUAAAAUACGAGAACACGUACCCAAGUCAACCUAUCAUGGCGGAUUUGGACCAGGGGCAGUUAGCGAGGUACCCGAAUGCUUACGAGAGGUUACAGCAACAGUACGGGUACUCAAACAGCAAUACAAACUACCACAGCUCAAGUCACUCAAGUCACAGCCCGGAUAUGAUACAGCAGAGACAAUAUUCGCAAUACUCGGAGAUCGUAGAUAAUAGAUACAAUGACGGACAGUUAUCUCAUCCGGUGCAGACCCACAGCCCCCUCAGUGCAACAUCGCCAAAUUCUUACUCAACGCCUCCGGUAGCUACGAACGUUUUGAACUCUCAGCCCAACAUGCCUAUAUAUCCAUGGAUGAAAUCUGUAAACGGAGAAAUGCCAAUAGAACAGAAAAGAACACGACAGACCUACACACGAUACCAGACUUUAGAACUGGAAAAAGAAUUCCAUUUCAACAAAUACCUUACGCGACGGCGACGGAUAGAAAUAGCACACGCCUUAGGACUCACAGAAAGACAAAUCAAAAUCUGGUUUCAAAAUCGCAGAAUGAAAUGGAAAAAGGAGAAUAAUCUUCAAAAACUCACGGGACCCAAUACUAAAUUAGAACCACAGGACCCUGACACAAAAUCGCAAUCUCCUCCGAGUGACUGAGUCAGGGAUACUGUGUAAAGAGACACAUUUUUCUAAUUAUAUUCGGCGUGAGAAGAUGUCAGUGUGUACGUGGUCAGUUGCUAGAUUCUUUCUUCGUGUGAGAGAACGAAUUCAUUGACCAGACAACCUGUUCGCUGCUAACCAGAAAUGCGACGCCCUUUCAUCUGCAGGGAUGAGAUCACGGCAUACUACUCUGUAUCAGGUGUUCACAUCGGUGUAACACAUAUAGCGCGUGUGCUUCUGAGGGCAGUGCCAAUAACGCCAAUGACUAAGGUUCAUCAUCAUUUGACCGACAAAGUGAGAUAGACAAAUCUUGCCGCUCACAGCGUCUCCCAAACAUACGCUCAUGGCCCGAUUCAGCCAAUUAUUUGGUAAUUUCGGAAAAGCUUUACAAUAUGGGAGAAAAAGACACAGAACACUAUUCGCACAACAAUCUCCAGCUGGAAUGCUACUAAGACUUGUAGAAACGCACGAACAUAAUGUCGUGGCUGUGUGUCACUACCAACAUUUUGCGCAGGAGAAAGAAUAUUCAAGAUCUUCUUCACAAACAUUUUGUGACCUCAUGGUCACGUUUUAAGUAACAUGAGCGAACUCCUUUUCGAUUGCUAAAGAGCCGGUUGCCUCUUUCUCGGGGCAACUUGUACACUCGUAUGAAGUAUUAAUGCAUGCACAUACUAAAUGUUUACUAUUCCAUGGUUUGAGACACGUUCUCUUAUUUAUUUUUGAUAUUUUAAUACACAUUUUCAUUGCUGUCAAUCACAAAGUAGUUACUUGGAGUGGACCCUCGAUACUGUAUGUCAGGGUUAGUAAGGUUACUAUUUACGUCAUAACUAUACCAGGAGUACAGAAAGUUGGGUAUUUGAAAAACGCAUGGAUGUUGGGAAAAUUUUGAAAUGGUUUCGUUGAGAAGUAACAUGAAGUUUAAUAUCUUCCACAUAUUUGUGAGACCAGGUGGCGAAGUUACGACCGGAGACCUUGAUGGUUACUGGGAAAAUGGUUAACCAACAAUCUCCAUCAAUUCAUCUAACUCAUCUCAGACUUAACUGUCCACUAAAUACCUCAUUUGUAUUCUUUGUGUGCUUGUUCACAGGGUGUCAAAGUAUAUAUUGUGAGGCUCGGAAAGGGUACAAUAACGUUUUUUGUUCUUCGGAUAAAAAGCGGAAGUCAUAAUGUCUUGCUUCAAACAACUGGCGUCAACAGGUAAAAAUAGGGACCUGAAAUAUCGGAACUCUUCAGAAUAGUUGCUUUUUUAGUUAUGGUCAGUUUGUAGACCUGAGUUUACUGGACAUCCUGCAUUCGUUAAAUAUCAGCAUCACAUUAAGCAAACAGCUAAAUAUGGGUUUCUGCUUAAAGACUUGCGACUUCUACUGAAUAGACGUAUUAUAGUGAAUACAGGCCUUGCAUUUCCUAUACAUUACCAUGCCCAUAACGAGUGGCCGAUUCAUAACGAGCCUGCCCCUUUAAAUGAGUCAGAGGAAUACAGCUCAGCCAUUCAACAUAUCGAUGCUGUUAUCAACGCUUUAUGUCGAUGCGAACUAUAAUCAUGUAUAUUCGGGUGACUUUAUUCUGGUACAUUGUUGAAAACACAUCAAGUAACAUCCUUUCGACACAUGGUAGAUCGACACCAUUAUUAUCGAUUGACUAAAAUAUAUCCAGCAUUUUGUUUUUAUUCACAGGAUAUGUCCAACAACACAUUUCCAUUCAAAUGUCAACCUAUAACAAUAGGACAAUGUUGAUUGUAAUUGAUGAGGCGAAUUCGCUAACAGGUGUAACAAUUUCUAUUGUGUUAUUCCUAGCUGAUCACCGAAUACAUCCGAUGCAUUUUCAAUGUUAUUCAGUCGGAGAGACACAAAACGAAACUUUUCAGUAGUGUAUCAAUAUCACAAUAAAUUAGUAUUCCUGUACACUUCAGUGCAACCUGCACUACGCUCGGCACUGCUCAUUUGAUGGUGGCCCGAACAAUGGUACAGCGGUUAUGAUACACAUAUGGUUACAUUGAAGGGGGCCGUCUGAUGAAACCGAUGAGCAACUGAUAUUUAACGGAAGUGCUGUGAAAAUACACGCAAUUGGAGCGUGUCACCAAUCGAGACUUGGUCUCUGCACCGUGUCACAUCAUUGUAAUAGCUAUAUAUCACAGAGAAAAAAAAUGCAUGCAAUUGACAAAAAGUUAGGCCCUACCAAAAAGGUACCCAAAAAACAAAUAUUGAGAAAUCUAGGAUUUUUGAGAGGGCCCCAUGAAACAAUGUCAUUUCCAAACUUUUUAUCAUGGCUUUAGUAUCAGAACGUCGGCGCUACCCGCAUCCUGGGCUGACAGCUUGCUCUACAAUUAUUUUACAUUGAUUAGAAUAAAAUUUCUGGUAGUCUGGAGAGAGUAUUUUAUAACAGAAUGUAGUCAUCUGGUGGAAUCCCAAUUCACGUCUACUUCAAAAGAAUGAAUAGUUUCAAUUAUUAUAAAAAAACCUGCAACAACAAAUGCAAAACCUCAUCAUAAUACGAUCUCUGGCACAUAUCGUGUCUCCUGAUUGUAUCUUGGAAUUCAAUUAGGAUAGAUGGUAUGUUUUGCAAUCCGUGCGAACGAUGCCUGUGUACAAAGUACGAAAGUCUAUAGUUUCGUCCAGUCUUGUGCUAAUUCAUUUUCACGGAACUCGUAAAUCAACUUCUUUUAUACAUAGUUUUAUAAAAUCGGGGAAAUUUCAUUACAAAAUCGUCGAUAACAAAUAUUUAAACACUUCGUUCUACGUCGAUCGCAGCUUGUCGCAAGGCCUGCCUCAUGAUCGAAGUUAAUCCCAGUGCUUGUCUUAUCAGUCGUAGCUGAUUUACGUCUCUGAAGAACAUUGCAGUUGAAUAAGGACAGAACUAUGACGUCAAUUUCCACCAUUUGUCAUUUUUUGGAGUCUAAAAAAUCAGCAAAGAUUGAAGAAUGUAACACUUUAGAAUGUAUGUAUCUUUAUACAUGUUUUGUUACAUGUGCGUACGUCCGACGUGCAGGACGUUUUCAUGCGAAUCUCUGAAAGAAUUACGGGUCAAAGAUGUACAUUUAUUACAAAAGUAGACUAAGAUAUUUGUAUAAAUAGAAUAAAAGCUUAAUCUAGUCCUUUUUUAUCAAUUUCCUUGUUUCAUCAUUAAAGACUGGUUUCCAGUAGGAUUGGCUAAUAAGAGUCAAGUUGAGCAAAUGUUGCAGUUCGGUAUCACAACCAUCGGGCUACCACAGCUGCACGAGUAGCAAAUGACAUGGAUGAUGCCAUGAAAAUACUAUUUCCAUUGAAAGAUGAUUUCAACUCUUUUCCCAGUCUUUAAAGUAUGAAGCAGAAAGAAGUGUAGAUAUGUUUGCUAUAUUCUCAGUGUUGUAGAGUAGUAAGUGACGUAACAGGUUCAUGUACAGUGACGUCAUCAAAAGGGACGCCAUAGUAAAUUGUCUAUUUUCAUAGAGUGAAUUUCCUUCUUUCUUAUAAUCAUAACGUUUUGUACGAUUUUAAGUCGUCUCAGUUGAUAUAUCUGUAGCCCAAAAAGCACAGCUGAGUGCAUCGGCAGAGCGAAAUCCAACUUUAAAAAAAUAGGUUUUUAGUGCAUUGCCAUCUUCAUUGCCGUCGUCUAAAAUGCGAUAAGUCAGUAUUUCCGUUUUCGGGACAACAGCACCUGUGAUUUUCAAUUUAGACAUGUUAGAUAGCCACAUCAGUCCAAAACCGAUUACCAGCACUGAAAAUUAUCACAGUGACAAAGGGUAGUAAGUCCUUGUCAGCCCAAGAUUAUCAACCAAAAAAACUAUUCUUCUCAAAACCAAGCAACCUGCCAUGAUUAUGCAUUGGACGGCCUGUGAAUGUGGCACAUGACCUGUCAUUCUGUUACUUAUUAGCCUGUGUGACCGGCAAUGAAUUUCAAAGUCGUAGUGAUCCCUUUCAUAUGCAACAUCGUUUCUUUUCGAGGGUCUCUACGAUAAGACAAGGCUGUACCCCCCGGAAGACACUGAACCUAUCUUUUUUAACUGUUUGUCCUCUCUUAUCUAAACUUUUCUUGACAAACAUCUUGUGCCAAGAAAAUCGCAUUUUAAUAGCCUCGAAGAUGAAAUCGAUUAUAACCACGACAGGUGAAUGCCACAAGAAAUUUACAAUACGCCACCUCUUUGAAGAUUAAAGGUUUUUUCCAUGCCUUGGAUUCAAAAGAUAAAAUUUGACUUUAACAGGAGGUAUUAUCUGAUACUGAUGAACAAAAGUUAAUAGAAACUUACGGUAAAUGUAUGAUGCUUUGCGAAGAUUGACAUUGUAAAUGUGUUAGUGAAUGCCAUUCCAAAGUGUCUUUUAAGGUCUAUUUACAAGUUACUUCACAUCACACUGCCUCGUGGGUUUUGCGAGUGAACUAAGCCAAUUGGAUACUUAUGUCAUGAAAAGUAAAUAUGACCAUUUUUGGUAGUGUUGUUAGUAUAUUUGAUUUCUAAGGUUACAAACAUACAUGAUUCAUGACCUGCCGUAAAUAUGAUAUCCAAGUCGUUUGCUUAUAAUCAAAAGUCUAAUUAAGAAGGGUUGAAACUCAUGUAUUUGUGACUUGGUAUGACUCAAUGCUUCAAUGCACUAUCAUGACUGUUUGUUGUCUUCCUUUGUUUUUAUCUUAUUUUACGGUAACGUGAAGUAUUGUGGAAGCCUAGCUCUUCAUCUCAUCUGAAAGGCAAUAAAGUUUGUACAUGUAAAUGUUAAUUUUAUA